GCAUCAAAUUAUUGUCAAUCAUUAUUCCAAUUCAUCGACGUUUAUUGGCUGGGAAAAGUGUAGCCUUUUCGUUGUUAUGUGUUGGAUGAACAUGUUUUUGCGACACACGCUAUUCUCGCUUUGGAAUUAUUUAGUCACCAACACGUUCACACUAUAUGAAGGAAUAUUGGUGCGGCUAAGUUUUCGUAUGCAUUAAUCUGGAAAAUGUCCUUUUUUUCAUUGAGCUCCGUGAGUCUCUUCGAAACAGUUGCAUCUCGUACCGUCCAAAACCGGUGAAUCGUCAAGAUGUCGCAACCAACAUACAAAUUGUACUAUUUUGAUUUCAAAGCUUUGGGUGAGUCAAUCCGUCUUUUGUUCGCAUACGGAGCUCAAGAAUAUGAGGACGUUCGCGUUGCCAAAGAAGAUUGGCCCGAACUAAAGCCAACAAUGCCAAUGGGUCAGAUGCCAGUACUUGAAGUAGACGGUAAGCGCGUAUCUCAAAGCAUUCCGAUUGCUCGUCAUAUCGCAAAACGUGUCGGUUUGGCUGGUGAUGAUGACUGGGAAGAACUUUUAAUCGACAGCAUUGUUGCCCACUUCAAUGAUUUCCGUUUGAAAAUUUCCGCAAUUUUUUAUGAACAUGAUGAAGAUGCCAAAGCCAAAAAAUUAGAAGCUAUCAAGAGUGAUACGUUCAUAUUGGACAAAUUGGAGAGCUUCGCCGAAGAAAAUAACGGUUAUUUGGCUCUUGGAAAGUUGACUUGGGCUGACAUCUACUUCUAUUCGUUGUUGGAUUUCAUUCAAUAUAUAGCUGGCUUCGAUAUCACUGCCGAUCGUCCUAACUUGCAAGCAGUCGUCAACAAUGUGACCAGUGUCGAGUCAAUCAAGGAGUAUUUGGAAAAGCGUCCCGAAACUGAUUUUUAAGCACAUUCACCUCAAUUUUUGCUCGGUUUUUUAAGCACAUUUCUCACAUUUCAUAUUUAUAUGAAAUCAUAAUCAAGCCGCACUCGUUUGAUACCACCAAAUAUUUGAAAAUUUUAAAUAAAGCACAAAGUGUUCUUUUUCUGGA